AUGGCGGCAGCUGUGUCAGACUCGUUUUCCGGCGGCGGCCCUGCGGCGGUGAGGCUGCCGUCGUCCCCGCCGGUCAAGGUGCUGGCGGAACAGCUGCGGCGCAACGCAGAAGGCGGCCCAGGCGCGUGGCGGCUGUCACGGGCGGCGGCGGGCCGCGGACCGCUGGAGCUGACGGCCGUGUGGAUGCAGGGCACGGUGGUGGCAGCGGGCGGCGGCGAGGCGCGGCUGCGGGACCCGAGCGGGGCCUUCUCAGUUUGCGGCCUGGAGCGGGUGCCGCGCGGGCGGCCUUGCCUCGCCCCAGGAAAAUAUGUGAUGGUAAUGGGAGUAAUUCAUGCCUGCAUCCCUGAGCCAUGCCUACAGGCCGUGAAGAUGACAGAUCUCUCUGAUAAUCCUGUCCAUGAAAGCAUGUGGGCACUGGAAGUAGAAGAUUUACACAGAAACAUUCCUUAG